AUGCUCGGCCGUCGAAUACUACAAGUGGUCAUUCACUGGCGAAUUCACGAGGUUGGAUGGAGUACCGACCAGAUUCAGAUCCCAGGAGAUGAGAAUCCAGCGCAUAUUCUUCAAGGCUUCUUACAACGCCCAGGUGAUGUCGAAAUUGGGCGAUUCUUAGGCUUGGUUCAGCCGCAGCGGUUCGUGGGAACAAUUCUUGACCACGGAAUUGAGGAUCAUGGGCAACGCUCGUUCCUCUUGGGAUUCAGGGAACAACUUUCUGCCUUCCCAGUAGCGACGAGAGGUACUCCAUGCAGCUGCUUUUCCAGAUCGCCGCGGUCAACCACCAAUCGAGGCUUUUCUGGAGAAGAUACGACUUUGAAUCCCCAUUUCGGCAUGAUGGCUGGUUCAAGAAGUAUCCUGUCUCUGGGUCGAUUGAGCACUUCUCACUCGGCAUCGACUAUUCCCGCCUUGAGAAGGAGCAAGAUCGUCAACGGGACUAAGGAGCUCUAA